AUGAAGGCUGUUCGUAACCUGCUGAUUUAUAUAUUUUCCACCUAUCUCCUGGUUAUGUUUGGAUUUAAUGCUGCCCAAGACUUCUGGUGUUCAACUUUGGUGAAGGGAGUCAUUUAUGGAUCGUACUCUGUAAGUGAAAUGUUUCCCAAAAACUUUACAAACUGCACUUGGACACUGGAAAAUCCAGAUCCAACCAAAUAUAGCAUUUACCUGAAAUUUUCCAAAAAGGACCUUAGCUGCUCUAACUUUUCCCUCCUGGCUUAUCAGUUUGAUCAUUUUUCUCAUGAAAAAAUAAAGGAUCUCUUAAGAAAGAAUCAGUCUAUAAUGCAACUCUGCGAUUCCAAGAAUGCUUUCGUUUUUCUACAAUACGAUAAAAAUUUUAUUCAGAUUCGCCGGGUAUUUCCAACCGACUUCCCAGGAUUACAGAAAAAAGGAGAAGAAGACCAGAAAUCGUUUUUUGAGUUUCUGGUAUUGAACAAGGUGAGCCCAAGCCAGUUUGGUUGCCAUGUGUUAUGCACUUGGUUGGAGAGCUGCUUAAAAUCAGAAAAUGGGAGAACAGAAGCAUGUGGGAUCAUGUAUACAAAAUGCACCUGCCCCCAGCAUCUGGGAGAGUGGGGGAUCGACGACCAGUCGCUGGUUUUAUUAAAUAACGUGGUGUUACCCCUGAAUGAGCAGACCGAGGGCUGCCUGACCCAAGAGCUGCAAACCACCCAGGUCUGCAAUCUUACCAGAGAGGCCAAGCGACCGCCCAAAGAAGAAUUUGGAAUGAUGGGAGAUCAUACAAUUAAAAGUCAGCGACCUCGAUCUGUUCAUGAGAAAAGGGUCCCUCAGGAACAAGCUGAUGCUGCUAAAUUUAUGGCACAAACUGGUGAAUCUGGUGUGGAAGAGUGGUCCCAGUGGAGCACAUGCUCAGUUACUUGUGGUCAAGGGUCGCAGGUGCGAACCAGAACUUGUGUAUCACCUUACGGGACACACUGCAGCGGCCCAUUAAGAGAAUCAAGGGUUUGCAAUAACACUGCCCUCUGUCCAGUACAUGGAGUUUGGGAGGAGUGGUCACCAUGGAGUUUAUGUUCAUUUACAUGUGGUCGAGGCCAAAGAACAAGAACAAGGUCGUGCACACCUCCUCAGUAUGGAGGAAGGCCAUGUGAAGGACCUGAAACACAUCAUAAGCCUUGUAAUAUUGCUCUCUGCCCAGUUGAUGGACAGUGGCAGGAGUGGAGUUCGUGGAGCCAGUGCUCGGUGACCUGCUCGAAUGGGACCCAGCAGAGAAGCCGGCAGUGUACUGCAGCAGCUCAUGGGGGUUCUGAGUGCAGAGGGCCGUGGGCAGAAAGCAGAGAGUGCUAUAAUCCAGAGUGUACAGCCAAUGGUCAGUGGAAUCAGUGGGGUCAUUGGAGUGGAUGUUCCAAGUCCUGUGAUGGUGGCUGGGAGAGGCGAAUAAGGACCUGUCAGGGUGUAGCGAUAACCGGGCAGCAAUGUGAAGGAACAGGCGAAGAAGUGAGAAGAUGCAGUGAGCAGCGAUGUCCUGCACCUUAUGAAAUAUGCCCAGAGGAUUAUCUGAUGUCCAUGGUGUGGAAAAGGACUCCAGCAGGUGACUUGGCCUUCAAUCAGUGUCCACUGAAUGCCACAGGCACCACUAGCAGACGCUGCUCUCUCAGUCUUCAUGGAGUGGCCUUCUGGGAACAGCCGAGCUUUGCAAGAUGCAUAUCAAAUGAGUACAGACACUUGCAGCAUUCAAUUAAAGAGCACCUGGCUAAGGGGCAGCGAAUGCUGGCAGGUGACGGGAUGUCCCAAGUGACCAAGACACUGUUGGAUCUAACUCAGAGGAAAAAUUUCUAUGCAGGGGAUCUUCUGAUGUCUGUGGAAAUCCUCAGAAAUGUGACAGACACAUUUAAAAGGGCAAGUUACAUCCCUGCCUCGGAUGGUGUCCAGAACUUCUUUCAAAUAGUUAGCAACCUUCUAGAUGAAGAAAACAAAGAAAAAUGGGAAGAUGCACAACAGAUUUACCCAGGCUCAAUAGAGUUGAUGCAGGUGAUUGAAGACUUUAUACACAUUGUUGGAAUGGGGAUGAUGGACUUUCAGAAUUCAUACUUAAUGACUGGAAAUGUAGUGGCUAGCAUUCAGAAGCUUCCUGCAGCCUCUGUUCUGACGGACAUCAACUUCCCAAUGAAAGGACGGAAGGGAAUGGUUGACUGGGCAAGAAACUCAGAAGACAGAGUAGUCAUUCCAAAAAGCAUUUUUACUCCUGUGUCAUCAAAAGAAUUAGAUGAGUCAUCCGUAUUUGUUCUUGGAGCAGUCCUGUACAAAAACUUAGAUCUUAUUUUGCCUACUCUGAGAAAUUAUACUGUCGUUAAUUCCAAAAUCAUCGUGGUCACAAUAAGGCCUGAACCCAAAACAACGGAUUCGUUCCUGGAGAUAGAACUAGCUCAUUUGUCUAAUGGUACUUUGAAUCCCUAUUGUGUCUUAUGGGAUGACUCAAAAACGAACGAGUCUUUGGGAACGUGGUCCACCCAGGGAUGUAAAACUGUGCUUACCGAUGCAUCCCAUACGAAAUGCUUAUGUGAUCGUCUCUCUACCUUCGCCAUUUUGGCUCAGCAACCUAGAGAAAUAAUCAUGGAAUCCUCUGGUACACCUUCAGUUACCCUAAUAGUAGGCAGUGGCCUUUCUUGCUUGGCCUUGAUCACCCUAGCAAUUGUCUAUGCAGCAUUAUGGAGGUACAUACGCUCUGAGAGGUCCAUCAUUCUAAUUAACUUCUGCCUGUCUAUCAUCUCAUCCAACAUCCUCAUACUGGUUGGACAGACUCAGACUCAUAAUAAGAGCAUCUGUACAACCACCACUGCAUUUUUGCACUUUUUCUUCUUGGCUUCAUUCUGUUGGGUUUUGACUGAGGCUUGGCAGUCAUAUAUGGCUGUAACUGGAAAAAUUAGAACACGGCUUAUAAGGAAACGCUUUUUGUGCCUUGGAUGGGGUUUACCAGCAUUAGUAGUGGCCACAUCAGUAGGCUUCACCAGGACGAAAGGAUAUGGCACUGAUCACUACUGCUGGCUCUCUCUUGAAGGAGGACUACUCUACGCUUUUGUAGGACCUGCAGCUGCCGUUGUCCUGGUCAACAUGGUGAUUGGCAUUUUGGUAUUUAAUAAACUUGUUUCCAGAGAUGGGAUCCUAGAUAAAAAGCUCAAACACAGAGCCGGUCAGAUGAGUGAGCCUCAUAGCGGUUUGACGCUCAAAUGUGCCAAGUGUGGAGUAGUUUCAACAACAGCUUUGUCAGCCACCACCGCCAGUAACGCCAUGGCAUCUCUUUGGAGCUCCUGUGUGGUGUUGCCCCUUCUGGCUCUGACGUGGAUGUCUGCAGUUCUGGCCAUGACGGACAAACGCUCCAUAUUGUUCCAAAUACUUUUUGCCGUGUUUGAUUCAUUGCAAGGCUUUGUGAUCGUCAUGGUCCACUGUAUUCUUCGGAGAGAGGUUCAGGAUGCAUUUAGAUGCCGAUUGAGAAACUGUCAGGAUCCAAUCAAUGCUGAUUCUUCAAGUUCUUUUCCUAAUGGGCAUGCGCAAAUCAUGACAGACUUUGAAAAGGAUGUAGACAUUGCUUGUCGGUCAGUUCUUCAUAAGGAUAUUGGUCCUUGCCGAGCAGCAACAAUAACAGGGACACUCUCUAGGAUUUCUUUAAAUGAUGAUGAAGAAGAAAAGGGAACAAACCCUGAAGAGCUAAGCUAUUCAACAUUGCCUGGAAAUGUCAUUUCUAAAGUCAUUAUCCAGCAACCCACGGGUCUGCACAUGCCCAUGAGUAUGAAUGAGCUGGGCAAUCAAUGUUUGAAAAAAGAGAACAGUGAAUUGCGGAGAACUGUGUACUUAUGUACAGAUGAUAAUUUGAGAGGGGCUGAUAUGGACAUAGUCCAUCCUCAAGAAAGAAUGAUGGAAAGUGACUACAUUGUGAUGCCCCGAAGUUCUGUAAAUACCCAGCCAUCAAUGAAAGAGGAAAGCAAAAUGAAUAUUGGUAUGGAAACCCUGCCACAUGAAAGGCUAUUGCACUACAAAGUAAAUCCUGAGUUCAAUAUGAAUCCCCCCGUUAUGGACCAGUUCAAUAUGAACUUAGAUCAGCAUCUUGCACCCCAGGAACAUAUGCAGAAUUUACCCUUCGAGCCCCGCACAGCUGUGAAGAAUUUCAUGGCCACCGAGUUGGAUGAUAAUGCAGGACUAUCGAGAAGUGAAACUGGAUCGACUAUAUCAAUGAGUUCUUUAGAGAGAAGAAAAUCACGAUAUUCAGACCUUGACUUUGAGAAGGUCAUGCAUACAAGGAAGAGGCAUAUGGAACUGUUUCAGGAACUAAAUCAGAAAUUUCAAACUUUGGACAGAUUUCGGGAUAUACCAAAUACAAGCAGUAUGGAAAACCCAGCACCAAACAAGAACCCAUGGGACACUUUCAAAAACCCUAGUGAAUACCAACAUUACACCACAAUCAAUGUCUUAGAUACAGAGGCAAAGGACGCUUUGGAACUGAGGCCAGCAGAGUGGGAGAAGUGUCUGAAUUUGCCUCUGGAUGUGCAAGAGGGUGACUUUCAAACCGAAGUUUAA